AUCUCAGCUCUCCCAUUCCUGCUGUAUUGACGUGUUGUUUGCAGAUGGAACAGGAAGGCUGAUCUGUGCCUCCAGAGGUCAUUCUUACUACAGUUGCCACUUGUUGCCAAAAGCAGCUCGCGGUUCCGUUCAACAUUAAACAUACUUCAGGUAGCCCAUUUAUUUAUUCAACAGCCUAGACCUGCAUGUCUACAGGGUGAACUUGUUAAGUUGAACGUUAACAAGACUGAAAGAAGACUCCUGUGAUUUCUUGUGACUCUUGAUUAUAUUUCGGCGCAUUUGACGGAGAGGAGCAUGGUUGAUAACACAAGUAUAGCAACUAAAUCUGCUUUGGAAGGCUCUUUCUCGUCUGCUAGCAGCCUUCCGCUCCAAGCUCCCACCGCCUCCUCCCACAGCCUGUUCCACGGCGCCCAGUGCCACCAGACCGGCAGCGGCGGCAUGAAGCUCGAGGCGGUCAUGGAGAACCUGCAACGGCAACAGGCAGCGCGGCUGGCACUGGAAGAGAAGCUCCGGCAGGCGGAGACAGAGAAAGACAUCCGCUCCAUGGUGCAGUCUCAGAUACACCAACAAGCAGUGGCUUUCCGCCACUACCAGACUGCGAUGCGAGGCGCCCUCACGGCCGGAGUUGCCAGCUCGUGUUCCGGAGUGACGCUCUCACACAUGGAGGUCCGUACCGCCGAUGACGAAGGGGACUCCUCCAGACCGGGCAGCGAGGAUAACGGACAGGUUGAGGAGGAAGAUGCCAUGGAUGAGCAUGAGAUUAUGAAUGAAGAGGAGGAGGAGGAGGAGGGCGAAGACGAGGUCGGGUUGAGCCACUACCAGCACCGACAGUCCUCGCUCCAGGGAGGCAGUCUGCCUCCGACAAGCGUCCCGAUGCAUAUCAUGGCCAGAGUGCCGACGGCAUUCGCCCCGGCUGGCCGCGCAGAGUCUCCAUCGGCGCAGUCCCAGUCCCAGCAUCACGAGUGGACCUACGAGGAGCAGUUCAAACAAUUGUAUGAAUUGGACGAUGAUGAAAAGCGCAAAGAGUUUCUUGAUGACCUUUUCAGUUUCAUGCAGAAACGGGGGACUCCCGUAAAUCGGAUUCCUAUCAUGGCCAAGCAGGUGUUGGAUCUCUACAUGCUCUACAAGCUCGUCACAGAAAAAGGCGGCUUAGUGGAAGUCAUUAAUAAGAAAAUAUGGCGUGAGAUUACCAAAGGUCUUAACCUUCCUACCUCCAUUACUAGUGCAGCUUUUACUCUCCGAACACAAUAUAUGAAGUACCUCUACCCGUAUGAAUGUGAAAAGCGAGGACUGAGCUCACCUGGAGAGCUUCAGGCAGCUAUUGACAGCAACAGGCGGGAAGGCCGUCGACAGAACUAUGGUGCCACCAUCUUCAAUUACUCUCCUGUGGCCACACCCACCCUCCUGUCCUCACCAAAGAUAUAUUUGCCUACUCACAACAGUGGUGUUAUUUCCCAGGUGCCUGUCAUAAAGAAAGAAGAGCCCACGAUGGCCAGCUGCCUGCCCAACAGAAUGGCUCUCCCUAUGUCACCAAGUGGCCAUUGUGCAGCAGCUGUGGCUGCACAGGCAGCGGCAGCUCAGGCAGCGGCAGCCAUUCAAGCAGCAGCCCUGGAGCAGCUCAGAGAGAAGCUGGAGGGCGGUGAACCACCAGAGAAGAAGAUGAUGAUAGUGGUAGAGGAGGAGCAGAGGACCAUGCAGCAAGCCUUGCAGCAUAACCUGCUGGCAAUGGCCACGCAGCUCCCUCUAAACAUCAAACUUAACAACAGAGAUGAUAGACAAGAGACCGCAUUGAACCUGUCUACCAACGGCAUUAGCAGCAUCAACAUGUCAAUAGAAAUAAAUGGAGUUGUCUACACAGGGGUCCUGUUUGCUCAACAGUUGGCCAUUGCAGCAAUGACGGGACACCAUGGGAGACACAACAAUUGUCGGACUCAGGGAAAGAUGAGUCCCACACAGUUCCAGCCCUCCUGUUCCUUGUCCUCUUCCUCCUCUUCUUCCUCACUUCAUGGGCACAGAAACUCUUCCCCCUGAGUUUCCUGUCCCUCCCCACCUCUUAACCUCAUAUUCCCACCUCACUAAGACAGCCCUCCAUUCUCCAUUCACCAAGCAGUUGGAGACAUGAUUAUCAGAUAAAACUCAGCUGUAAUGAUAGUCAGCUUUUUCUCCAUUAAUUUAAAAAUUAAAUUCUUGUAGGUCGGAUAACAACAGACUGAAAAGUAGCAAACUUGUAAAACAAAAGAACUAGAAACUAAAUACUUAACAAGAUAUCUCCCGCCCCCUGCUCCUAUGUGUUUGGAUGACCUUUAAUUUCUGUGUGUCACCAGUGCCAUUCAUACCAUCAAAGAUGUCUGUUCAGUGUGAAACGGUUCAAAAGUGUUGCCCAUUUACUUAACUUCUCAACUUGCAUGAUGCCAAAUGAAGACUUCAUCUUGGGCACCAUUUCAAAGAAAAGAUGAGGCAGCUGAACAACUAAUCUUCAUACACUUGUUGGUGAUGUUUGGCAGACGUCAGAAGAUCACUGCUUACAGCGGCUUACAAAGAGCAAAAUCUAUCCUGGUUAAACAAGCAUUUUCAGUGACCUUUAACACCAAUUAUCAAAGCUGAACUUUAUAGCAGGAAUACAAACAAACCACAUCCAAUGUGGAAAUCAUCAUGUAUUCGGUAGAAAGACUACCGCUUAAUAGUAUGGUCUUAACAAAGACUUGGAGCAAAAUCUCUCAACUAUAUCAGGUGUUGCAUUAGACAGUUAGUAAAAGAUGCCACAAUAUAGAGCCAACCACAAGGCUAAAGACAGUGAUGUAUGUGUGCAACCAUACAGUCACAAUAGCAGUGAAAGUGAGGAAUCUUCAUGUGAGGAUUUCUUUGAGUGUGUAGUUUAAUGACACAGUAAAUAGCAUUAGUUUCUCCUCUUAAACACAAAAUUGGGGCGCAGUUGGUUGGUUAUCCAGCCCUGUAUAUUGUCCACGCAUUUAAGGUUUAUAGCACACUGUAUAAAUAGCACACUGUAUAAAAGAGGAGAGAAAGAGAAAAUGAAGAUGUGCACAGUCAAUUAAUCAUUGCUCAAAUUGGAAAAUUUUAUCACAGAUUUAUUAUUUGCACAUUAUGUAUUGCAUUUUAAUACCACAUUUAAAAAAACACCUCUCUAACACAGUUAGGGUGAGUUUAUCAUAUAUUUGAGACAAAUUAUCUUUUAGUAUGUUAGCUAGUGUGCCAAUCAGGUGUAGGCUAUUGUCACCAUGAUGGAUGACCUAAUCUUAUAGCUAAACAGACAAGUCAGUGAUUAAAUAAUCUGUUUCACAAACUGCACAGUAACUAAUCAUGUUUGAUCAGUUCUGUUGAGACAGCCAUGAUGUACAUGUGAAAAGCAAAGAGCUGUUCACAGCUCUGUGUCGUUUGAUUUUAACAGAACAGAUAUUCCCUGAUCACAAGAACAUAUUGCUCAUCAAUGAACAAAUUGUUAUAGAAUAAGCUUGUUAGGCAAGCUGCAUUGUUCUUGAAAAACCUUCUGCAAUGUCCACUGACUAAAGAAAAUACAAAACCAGAAAAUAUCAGAGGCAUUUGUUAACAUGCAUGUAACAUUGUCUGAUAGAGCCUUUGAAAGAAAUGAAUCGAGAGAGUCCUCAUGUUGCAUUGAAUUCUUUGAGAAAUGGUUGUGACAGUAAAGAGUUGAACACUUCACCAGCAGGUGAACAGAAAUAAAGGCGGUGACAGCAGGGCAUACAAAGACAUGUCUGUAGGAAAUCAGUCACAAUGUAGUUUUGCUGUAUAUUUUGAGUGGAAGGCGUGUUUCUUUUUUUAGUAAUGCACUUUGUGUUUAAGGGUUUUUUUCCUCCUUAAUAUCUUUCUUUCUCUGCUUUCAUAAACAUAUAAAAUAUUUUCUUUCUUGUGAAGGGAAAUGGGAACCACUUUGUAGAUUUUAUUAAGUAUGUUAAAGCAUUUAAUUGCAGCUUUUAUUUAUUGUGGUUUAUACUGGAUCCCACAAACACUGCAAACAAACCCUUCUUGAAUGCAGAUACCUCACCAGUCUACUUGUAUAUAGUCAUAGUAAAGUAGGAAUACAAGAUAUACCUCAUCAAUUUUAUUUAUUUUUAUUGUACACCCACUUGAAAAUCAAUGUUUUAAUUGAACUGAUUAUUGUUUUUUCAGGUUUUGUAUGGUUAUACCAAAGAAGGGAAUAUUUUAUUGACACACAUCUACCUCGUGUUUAGACCGUGCCAACAGCCAUGUCCACAGAUUUAAUUGCAAGUGUAUUCAUGGUGAUUCAUAUCUUUGUAUUUGUGUGAACGCAAAAUGUUUCUCAGUCGUAGAAAAAACAAUAGUAAAGUAUACUCGAGAAUUAAGCAACAAGUGCUUUUUACAUUUGGGUGUUGUGCCGGCACAACAAAACAGCCUUUUAUGAUGGACAGUAGGGACACUUAUAAGAACAAGUUCAGUCAGCAUGAAAACAUGAAUAUCAAGAGGAAAGGGACUACUUUUAGGGGAGAAUUUCCAGAAAAAAAAAAAAAAACAGGAUUUAAAUUCCCAGCAUUCCAUCCUGGUUGGUUUGUCUAUCCAUCUGGUCAACACUUUGUUCUAAAUACUGUAUACAACUGUUGGUCGUUCUGUGGAUGUUCAAGGUCUCCCGAGGGCGAUUCUAAGGGAUUCUGUGGCCCUCCCAACCUGGUCUCUAACAUCACCAUAAGACCAAAGUUCUACUACUGCUAAAGUUAUAAGAAUUGCUAAGUUGUGUGCUUUUUUUGGAGUUGUUGUCUUCCUCACUGUGCAGAUAGUUCACAGCUCUUAAUUUGAAGUGCUAUGACUAGUUCAGUUUCAUGCUGACAGGUUGAUUUCUGGUGAUAAAGUUAAUAUAUAUUGUGUGUCCAUAUGUAUAGAUAAUGAUAUUGAAAUUGUACGAAUACAAUUGCGCAGCAGAGGACAAUCCUCAGUUAAUAAGAUAAGAUCCUUAGUGCUCAGUUGAACUGUUGAAGGUGUUUUUUAUAGUUCUUGUGUUUACUUGAAAUGUGUUUUUUUUGUUUGUUUGUUUGUUUGUUUUUUGCAAGCGGACAAUUCAGCAGGGAGAUACGCCAAAGGUCCAAGAAAAGAAUCACUUCCUCAAACCUGAGGUUGCAUCCUUGAGAACUGAAUCAGUAAUAUAUAUCCAAUCACAGCAUUCAUUAAAGCAGAUGGACUAGGCAGACCUCCCUAAUCUGGAAAAUCUGGACUGUUGGAUCAGCCAGUUUAUCAACCCUCCAUAAAGUUGUGAAGUAGAAGUUUCAUUUUCACAAUGUUGAUGGAGUUUGUCAACUCUCCUGGUCAGCAGUACAAAAAUAAAUAAAAUGAAAUAAAACAAACAAAAACUAUUCAUUUUUUGUGGGGACACUUCAAAUUCUGAUACACAUAUUAAUCAUUAACUAGUCACAUAUUAGCAUGCAUAUUUAUAUCCUGUUGGCUUUUUAAUAAUAAUUAAUAAUUAUUAUUAAUAAUAAUUUAAUAAUUUGUUAUAAAGCACUUUAAUGCCUUAUUCUGCGAGUUUUUCCUCAAUAACCAUUUAAUUACUGCUUAUUGAUAGUAAGUAAGGAAGGUAUCGUACAUGAAUGACAGUCUUAAUAUGCAAUGUUCUUUAUGGG